AUGACUUUGUGGAAGCCUAGUGGCAGGUUGGACUGCGUGGAUUUAGAAAAGGACUUCUUUCUAGUUCGGUUUUCAUUAAAAGCUGAUUAUGAAAAUGUGCUAAGGGAUGGUCCUUGGUUCGUGGGAGGGCACUACUUGUCCAUUAGAAACUGGGAGCCAAACUUCAAGCCAUCGACGACCUGUGUCUCAUCCGUCGCGGUUUGGGUUCGAUUGCCGAAGCUCCCCAUUGAGUAUUAUGAACCAUCGGUCUUACGAGACAUUGGCGAAGCCAUUGGUCCAGUGUUAAGGAUUGAUGCGCAUACAGCUACAAAGUCUAAGGGGCGUUUUGCAAGGAUAUGCAUUCAGAUCAACUUUGAUAAGCCCCUUAUCAAACUCAUUAAAAUCGGUGGCAUUGAGCAACCGGUUCAAUAUGAGGGACUCAACUCCCUGUGUUUUUCCUGUGAACGUGCUGGUCAUAAACUUGAAUCCUGUCCAUACACAACUAGGACACCGGCGAAGGAGGUUGAACGUGAAGUUGAAGGUGACAACUCAACCACUAAUGAACAGAGUGCCCUUCAUGAGGAGACUUACGGGCCGUAG